AUGGAACUGCUGAAAGACUAUGACAUCGCCAUUUUGUAUCACCCUGGUAAGGCUGAUGUAGUAGUUGACGCAUUGAGCAGAAAGUCAGCUAGUAUGGGAAGUCUGGCUCAUUUGAUCUCCUCUGAGCGUCCGUUGGCUAGAGAGGCCUUGGAUGAAAUGUGGGGUGAUAGGGGGAAAAACUGGUCAAAAGUCAAGCUCACUGCCCAAAAUGGACCUCUGCAGCAGUGGUCUAACCAUGGAAUUAUUCUUUUUCUUGGAUCAUUCUUCAAAGCAAAACAUUGGGUUGGUGGGGAAAAAUCCACCAAUGAGUAUGAUCGUGGAGUGAAGUAUUUUCUUGAUAAGGCAUGUGGACGAGCUUCUCAAGGAAAUGAAAUACUAUGCCCUUGUAAAAGGUGUUUUAAUCGGUAUUGGCAUACUCGAACGGUGGUGGAGAAUCACUUGUUUGGUUAUGGAUUUGUUAAUGGAUACACCAAAUGGGUUUUCCAUGGAGAAGGGUUUUCUUCAACAGAUAUGCCGCAUCCAACCAAUGAUGAUGAAACUUCCGACAUGCAUGACGAUAUCGAUGGACUACUUUAUGAUACUUUUAGGAAUGUAGAAGGUGAUCUGCUGCAUGAAGGAGUGAGAGAGGGACCAUCUGAAGAUGCAAAGAGAUUUUUCAAAUUAGUUGAGGAAGGGAAACAAGAGUUGUACCCGGGGUGUAAGAAUGUUUCUAAGUUGAGUUUCACCAUUCGGUUGUACUUGUUUAAAUGCAUUCACGGGUUGAGUAAUGUAGCCUUUUCAGACUUGUUAGACUUGAUGAAAGAGGCAUUUUCAUUUGCUCAGCUACCCGAGUCUUUCAACAAGGCAAAAAAAGUGAUAAAAGAUUUAGGUCUUGGUUAUGAGAAAAUUCAUGCAUGCCCUAACGACUAUAUGCUAUUUUGGAAUGACAAUGCGAAGAUAGAUAAUUGCUCUGUGUGUGGUUCUUCUAGAUGGAAGAAUGUUCGUGAUGAUUUGACUAAUAAGAACACUAAAAUCCCAGCAAAGGUUUUAAGGUACUUCCCUUUAAAGCCUAGGCUUCAGAGGAUAUUUAUGUGUUCUGAAACAUCUGUAGCCAUGAGAUGGCAUGCUACUGAACGACCCAAAGAUGGGAAUUUAAGACAUCCUGCUGAUGGGGAAGCUUAG